AUGGAUUGUUGUGGGCAUAAGGGUGGGAUUGCUCUGUUAUGGGGGCGUGAUGUGGACAUGUAUGUCUUGAAUUACUCUCAUUGCCAUAUUGAUGCUGCUGUUAAGUCCGUUUCGAGGGGUGGUGUGUGGUUCUUCACUGGGGGGGGUGGACAGUGUGUUUUGGAGAGAUUGGAUAGGGCCCUAGCGAAUGACCCAUGGGGUCGUCAAUUUCCUUUUGCCUCUGUUGUUCAUGGUUUGGCUACUUAUUCGGAUCAUGCCCCAAUUUGGAUAAAUACUGAUUCUAAGGAGGGUUUUGUAAAGCAUAAAAAGCUUUUCCGAUUUGAACCUAUGUGGGUAAGGGAAAAGGGCUGUGAUGAUAUUAUUGCUAGUAUUUGGAGGAAGGGUGGGUCAGGUAGUUUUAUGGAUUCUUUGGUUGAUUUCAUUAAAGAUAGUAGAGUUAAUUUAAAGAGGUGGAAUUCAAAUUCUUUCGGGAAUGUUCAAAAGCAAUUGUCUAUGGCCAAGCAGCGGAUGACUUGGUUAUAUGAGAAUGACCCACUGGGAACUGAUAAGGAGGCUCAUGAUGAGGCUCGUGAAGAGGUGCAAAAGUGGUUAGAAAGGGAUGAGUUGAUGUGGAAACAAAGGUCAAAAGUGUUGUGGUUGAAAGAGGGCGAUUCCAAUUCGAAAUACUUUCAUAUGAAGGCUUCUCAAAGGCGUCGAAAGAACAGGUUAGUGCGAAUCAAGGAUGGUCAUGGGUCUUGGCAUACUGGUGAUCAGAGAGAUCGAGUUAUUGUUAGCUAUUUUGAAGAUCUUUUUAGAAGUUCCAAUCCAAAUGGUUCUCUUGACUUUUUGAGGUCCCUUACUGGUAAAAUAACUGCAUCAAUGAAUGAAGAUUUUAAAUAUUGGCAUUUGGUGGGUCCAUCGGUCAUAGGUGCAGUACUCAAAGCCCUUAAUUCAGGUGUUUUCCCAACAUCUAUUAAUCAUACUCAUAUUACUCUUAUGCCAAAAAAGAAACAUACUGAGUCAGUUGCUGAUCAUUAUAGGCCCAUUUCUUUAUGUAAUGUGAUUUAUAAGUUGGUCGCAAAGGUUAUCUCUAAUAGACUGAAAUCUAUAUUACCGUCUGUUAUUGAGGGAAGUCAAUGUGCUUUUGUACCUGGGCGUUUAAUCACUGAUAAUGUGCUGAUAACUUAUGAGUUGAUUCAUUUUCUUAAGCAUAAAAGGAAAGGGAAGAAGGGAUAUAUGUCAGUCAAAUUGGAUAUGAGUAAAGCAUAUGAUCGGGUUGAAUGGGGUUUUAUUAAGGCUGUUAUGAAUAGGACGGGGUUUGAGAGGACUUUUACAGAUCUGGUCAUGUCUUGGCUAAUUGCCCUGCUGAAAGAGGCAGAGAUAAGAAAACAAAUUUCAGGGGUUCAAAUUUGCCGAGGGGCACCAAAAAUUACUCAUCUGCUCUUUGCAGAUGACAGUUUGAUUUUUUGCAAGGCAAAGGUAGAGGAAGUCAGAAGAUUACAAGCUCUUUUAGCCACUUAUGAAAUUGUGUCGGGUCAAAAGAUUAAUCGAGAAAAAACUAGUUUGGUUUUCAGUGCUAAUGUAGAAAGGGUGAGGAUGGAUGAGAUUAGACUAAUGUGGGGCACUGGUGAGGUUCAACAGUAUGAGCGUUAUCUUGGCCUUCCCCUAUCGUUGGUAGAUAAAAAAAAGAGGGCUUUUCAUACCAUAAAACAGAAAUUUUGGCAGAAACUCCAGUGUUGGAAAGAAAAAUUGUUAUCUCAAGGCGGGAAGGAAGUUCUUUUGAAAGCUGUUGCACUCUCGAUUCCCACUUAUGCAAUGAGUUGCUUUCUCUUGCCUAGUGGCUUUUGUUCUAAAUUGGAGGGGCUUAUGGCAAACUUUUGGUGGGGCCAAAAACAUGAGGAGAGGAGAAUCCAUUGGGUUAGUUAG